AUACGUCGAAACCCAUCCAGCUGAAAAGCAAAAGGCCAGUAGUGAGCAACGAAUAAAGUCGUCCUUUUUUUCGCUCGUUGCAAGUGAAACUUGACAAUCGAAAAGCAUUUCAGGCUCGUCCUUUGUUCUCGUGUGUUUGAUUACCAAUAUAGGCAUACACUUCAAAGCGGUUCACUCGUUACCCUUUUUCGUCGUUGCGUUUUUCCGCUCGGAAACCGAGUCGUUGGGACCUAAAUAAUUCCAAAAAUCUGAAAAAUGGAGUCUGCCAACAGCCAAGAGUGGGAUGACGGGCUUAGGUUGCGAAGAAAUGUCCAAGAAGAAGAGGAACAAGAAGUAGAAAGUAGUGAAGAUGAUGUGAAAACAGACCUAGUGAAAAGGAUUAUAGAGUCAACAAAAGAGCUUACCGACUGCAUGCCUACUGAUCUGCCCUCUGCCAAAAGAAUGCUGGAAGAUGGAUUCCAUGCUGCUGCAGAGUUUAGUUCUGACAUGGCUGCUGGAGCUGGUGCUGUGGCAGAACAAGCUGGAGAUAUUUGCCGCAAAGUGAUAGAAGCAUCUUGGAAAGUUUGCCACUUUCAGGCUUUGCCUCACUGGCUUCAAGACAAUGAUUACCUGAUUUGGGGCCACAGACCGCCAUUGCCAUCCUUUACAGCAUGCUUUCAAUCGCUGUUCAGAAUCCAUACUGAAACUGGCAACAUUUGGACCCAUCUCAUUGGCUGUGUCGCAUUUGUCAGUCUGGCCGUCUACACGCUGAUAUGGUCUGAACUUCAAACGGAAGAACGAUUGGUUUUUGCUGCUUUCUUCGCUGGAGCCAUCCUGUGUUUAGGAUUGUCUUGCACUUAUCACACUGUGCAUUGCCAUUCUGAAUUUGUGGGCAAACUCUUUUCAAAGUUGGAUUACGUUGGAAUAUCAUUCCUCAUCCUGGGAUCGUUGGUUCCAUGGCUCUACUACACCUUCUACUGCCAAUAUCAACCAAAAGUCAUUUACCUGACUGUGGCCACCGUUUUGGGUCUCGGUGCCAUUAUAACUUCUAUGUUGGAUAAAUUUGGCGAACCUAAAUACCGACCCUUCAGAGCAGGGAUUUUCAUCGCUUUUGGCUUGAGUGGUGCCAUUCCAGCAAUUCAUUACGCUGUUAUGGAAGGCUGGGUAAACGCCGUUUCUUACGCCUCUCUCGGAUGGCUUAUUCUGAUGGGAGCGCUCUACAUUCUGGGAGCCCUCCUGUACGCUGGCCGUAUACCAGAAUGUUACUUCCCUGGGAAAUGUGAUAUAUGGUUUCAAAGCCAUCAAAUAUUUCACGUUUUGGUGAUAGCCGCAGCUUUUGUACACUACCAAGGCAUUUCCGAAAUGGCAGUUUAUCGACUGACGAACAAUCAGUGUCCUGCUUCUACCGUCGCUUAAUUGUCUACCAAAAUUACAGUCCGCUGGAAACAAUUAAGCAAAAAAAAAGAAAGAAAAAAAAAUCCCUAUUCUCUUCCACCCACAUAUUUCUUGCUGCUUUGUUUACUGAAAUUGUUUAUCGAAAAUUCUGUGUAACGGUGAGGUGGGGGGGAGGAAGUUUAUGAAUUAUUUAUGGGCACGUUGGUAAAAUGGUUCUCGCAAAGAGAAAGAAAAAAUUCUUCAAGUAGAGCGAUCCAUUAAGUGCCUUUCGAAUACAUCUCGGUAGCUUGA